CACGCGGGGCGCCCGGGACCCCCGCAGCCCCGGCCUGGCGCGCGCCGCGGCGUGCGUGGGCGCACCUGUUUCGCGGGAGCGAUGCCCUCCGGGGCGCUGACGCGGCUGGAACUUUCCCGGGGACCAGCAGCUGCCAGGUCUGACCGAGCCCGGGUGCUGAUCGCCGAGAUCCGCGCUUCCGCGGUGUCCUUCCCGGAGGCCAGCGCUCAGGCCGACCGUUGAAGGGGACUGCUGUCCUCGGGGGGCCAAGCUCCCGCCUUGCACCCUCAGGGGCGCCCGGGGCCAUGCGCCCCCGGGCGUGAUCAGGGAAGCUGCCGCCUGCGCCCCAGCAUGGCAGCGAAGUUGGAGAUCACUUUUAGCUUGCAGCCCCCCGCCCAGGCCCGCUCCGGGCCAGAGAGACGUAUCGUGGCGAAGCUGGAGGCCCAGCGGGCGCCGCCGCCGCCGCCCCCGGGGGCGGACCCCGACCCCGACCCCGAGCUCUCGCGGCGGAGCUUCAGGCAGUUUCGUUACCGGGAGGAGUCGGGCCCGCAGGAGGCGCUUUCCCGGCUCCAGCGGCUCUGCCGCCAGUGGCUGCGGCCCGACGCGCACAGCAAGGAGCAGAUUCUGGAGCUGCUGGUGCUGGAGCAGUUCCUCAACAUCCUGCCCCCUGACAUCCAGACGUGGCUCCGGCAGCAGUGUCCCAGGGACAGCAGGGAGAUGGUGGCCCUGGUGGAGGAUUUUCACAGAGCGGCCAAGAAGCCCAAGCAGUGGGUGAGGAGGGGGCCGCGGGCGAGUCAGAAGGUGGCCGUGUGUUUGGAAGGGCAGAAGGUGCUGUUGGAGAAAACUGGAUCUCAGCUUGGAGAACAGGACCUGCCAGACUUCCAGCCACAGCCUCCCAGGGGCUGUCCCCAGGCUUGCCCCCUGGGGGAGCCCCUCCAGGCCGGACCACAGCUCCCACUGAGCACCCAGGAAAAGGCUCCGCUCCUGCAGGAAGCCGCCCUCACCCUAGCUGGCACAGAGGCCCCCAAACUGAACAAUGACAACAAGGAAAAUCCACAGCAGGAGGGGGAUAAAGGGGCAAAGCCAUGUGCAGUGUCGGCCAGCAGGGUGAGGGGCAGUGGUCUGCAGAGUCCCCAGAGUCCCCAGCCCAGAGCUGCAAACAGAAGUGAAACCCACCUGUCACGGAGGCAGAUCAGCGCCCCCAGUGCUCAGAAGCCGUUCAUUCAAUACCAGAGACUUUGCAGGGAGCUGGACUACUGCGGCAGUGCGCUCAAUAGCCACGCACUGCGGGAGCUGAAGCAGAGUAAAGGGAGUAGAAGGGGCCUGAGCAACCUUUGGCAGCACCCUGGCCACCAGCCCAUGCACUCAGCGAAGAAACCUUACAAGUGUGAGGACUGUGGGAAAAGCUUCACGUGGAACUCAGAGCUGAAGAGACACAAGCGCGUGCACACCGGGGAGAGGCCCUACCGCUGUGGCGAGUGUGGAAGCUGCUUCGGGCGCCAGUCCACCCUGACGAUGCACCUGAGGAUCCACACCGGGGAAAAGCCCUACGAGUGCAGCCGGUGUGGGAAAAGCUUCCGCCAGAGCUCCAACCUUCACCAGCACCGCCGGCUCCACCACCACGACUGAGCCACAGAGCUUCCUGUCUCACCCCUCCCCUGGCAUGCAGCUCUCUGAGAUGUCUGCGUGUCCCCGAGCACUGAUGGCAUCCCAGAGGAAGCUGAUCAGCUGGGACUGGGAACCGGGACAGGGUGAGAGACAGCAGGGCUGGGCAGUGGGGCACCGAGAACGGGUGUCUCUGUCGGAGAGGAGGACACGUUUGCUGAGGAACAAGCAGGACAACCCUCAGCUGUCCCCCUGUUUUAUUUAUUCUCUGAAAUAUAUUUAAGCAUAUAUUCUUUUUUUAAAGCACACCCUCUAUUUAUAGCUAUUUAUAGCACUUGCUGUCAUAUGAGACCAUCUUUGUCACGCACUUACUGCUUUAAUAAAGACAAGAGAGCCAUCAGAAUUUCAAGGCAAAGUCCA